AUGAAUGUUCUGUUGCAGUACAGCGACGGAUGCGGUUCUGGCAGGUCUUCGCCCAGGGAACGCUGGCCCGAGCGUUGGCGGAGAGACGAGAGAAACUACGGCUCGCUAGGUUGGCGCGAGAGCAGACGACGACAGGAGAUGAGGCAAAGCGAAGAUCCAAACGACCGCAGAUAUGGAUCGACCUUAGGGUGGCCGGGUCGUCGGUCUACGACGAGCGCGUCCCGCCGCGAUGCCGACCGUGACUCGCGCGACUCCGCCGUGACCCGCGCGACUCAGGCCGUGACUCGCGCGACUCUGGCCGCGACACGGGCCGUGACACGCGCGACUCGCGUGACUCCCGCGACUCACUCACGCGACUCCCGCCGCAGGAGCAGGCGCGACGACCGCCCGCGCAGGGACUACCGCUUCUCCAACGACUUCUCGCCUAGGGAGCGCGACCACACCUCGCCCUUCGAAAACGACUUCCAAGACACACCCACGCUCGGUGGGAAGAAGAGGACGCCCUACUCUACUUUGGAGGGGGCCAGGUUCGCCUUCGAGCCGGAGGACGUCGCCGCGUCGCCCGCUUCCGCGAGCCGCGACGCCGACUCGCCGGCGGCGCGCUCCCGCUUCGACUCCGACUCGGUGUCGCCGCGCUCCGCGUUCGAGGACGACUUCGCGGCGACGGCGCCCCACCGCGCCGCCUCCAUAGCGGAGGAGGAGGAGGACGAGGGGCCGCUGCCGCUGAGGGCGCGGCCGCCGCUCGCGCCGCCGCCGCAGCGCCGCGACAUCAAGAAGUCCGACUCGGUGAACAUAUUCACGCGCGGCUCGGACCCCUUCGAGGGCGACGCGUUCUUCGCGUGCACCGGCUCGGACAGGGCGGCGAGGCGCGACAACUGGCCCGGCGACUUCCGCGGCUUCGACAACGCC